GUUUUGGAAUUUCCAAGACGGGGGAAAAUGCAAAAAAAUGCACUCAACUGCAUAUGAAAGAGAAAUUAUGUAUAUAUGGAAAGUCGAAAAACAAAGAAGAAGAAAACAACAAUUUGAAGUUGGAAAUUGUUUUCGUGUCAUUGCGUAACACACGAAUUCAAACGGUCUAGUUGUUGCCAAUAUUAAAUGUUACAUACUUUUAUAAUACAACUAUUUAAUUUGUUAGUUUCACGUACAUGCAGCCACAAAUUGACAAGUCUAUAGAUAUGUAUUGCCCAUUAUUAUGAACACAUGUGUGCAGAUAUAUUUAAUAAACAUAUAUCAACUUAUUUCCGUUGACUGAGUUUUGUGCAGGUGCGCAAACACGGCAACAACACACCUUGUCGAUGUCUUCCGUCUGUGCGAAAAACCGAAAAAGAAGUUUUCGUGUAACAAUAAGAAAAUCACAAAGGAAAUCAAAACAAUGCAACAAACUGCGAGCAAUACGAAUGCCCAAUGCGCUACAUUCAGCAGAGAUCGCAGCAGAUCCACAAAUAUGAUACAAAUUCGCAUCAAGUGAAAUAAAGGUGAAAUAGCGCGUGAAUUCGAUCGUGGUGAAUCGCAAGUCGUAAAGCCAAUCCUUGACAGAGUUAUCAAAGCAAGAGUUGUUAAAAUCCAGAAAAAUUAUACAAGCUCGAAGCUCAAAUAAAGUGAAAAAUAAGUGAAUUCGGGCGUGAAUUGGCCGUGAUUUUGGCGUGAAUUCAAUCGUGGUGAAUCGCAAGACUUUUAGCCAAUCCUUGGCAGAUCCAACUAAAUCACGAAAGAGUUGUCAAAGCAAGAGUUGUCAAAAUCCAGAAAAAUGUUACAAGCUUGCAGCUUAAAUAAAGUGAAAUCGGGCGUGAAUUGGGCGUGAAUUCAAUCGUAAUGAAUCGCAAGACAUGAAGCCAAUCCUUGGCAGAUCCAGCUGUCAAUGUAGAGUAUACGUAAGACCUAUCAAAGCAAACGGGAGCCCAACAAAUGUGGGAACAAAGGCGAAACAAGUGAAAACACCCACAAUCCACAAUAUGGCCAUGAUGAUGAUGAUUUGCUAUUGCAAUAACUGUAUCGACAAUGCGAUCGCCCAACAUAAAUUGGUGGUUCGGAUCGGCGCGUGCGCUUGAGACGGGCGCUUUGGGGCCUCGGCACGGAAGCGAAACGGAGCGCAUUCCACGCCACAUUCCAGCUGGGAAUGGCCCCUGUGCCUUGGUCAUGAUCGUGUUAUAAAAUAAUUUGGACGCACUGUGCCAGCAAUCAUUCCAUAUCGAGCCACUCGAGCGAACGCAUCGCCAGCUUUUUCCUCAACCUCACAAAACACAAGCAAAAUGGAUAAUCGUCGUGUGCUGCUAAAGCUUUCGUUUGUGGCUGUGCUGGUGCUACUUUUUGUUGUGGUGCAGGAGACAAGCGCCGGCAGUCAACAGAAGAAGAAGAAGAUUGUCAUCCAUGUGCCAGUUCAUAAGAAGAUCGAGAAACAUGUGCAUACGAUUAUAAAGCAUGUGCAUCAUCAUCACAAGCCGAUUGUCCUAAAGGAGGAGAAGAAAAUAAUACACGAGGAGCAUCGUCCCAUACAAAUCCAUCAGACCAAAGAGCACAUACAUCAUCACGAAAAGCACGAUCAUGCACAUCACGAUCAUCACGAGCAUCACGAACACCAUCAUCCCAUCGAACAGGUGCCCAUCGAGCAGGAGGAGGAGGAGCACAUCCAUCAUCAUCAUAACUAUGAGCACAAAGAUGGGUUCAUUGGCAGCGAGACGGAUGCCAGCAGCAGCAGCAGCAGCAGCAUCGGCAGCAGUGAGGAGCGCUGACACUGAGUGCGGAGUAAACCACAGCGGCGACGUAGACUGAGGAUUAACUAAAGAGAAGAAAACACAAAACGUGGCUCGAUAUGUUCUGUGGGUGAUUUUAACUUUGUGAUGUAAUGCUUAGAUAUAGGCACAAAACUUCUUUUUUUUUUAAUUUUUUUUUUUUAUUAUAUAGUAAAAUAGCUUAAGUAUCGGGGUAUUGCGAAAAUAAACUGGUAAAAAAAAAACAAA